AUGCCGAAGCGAAGUCGCGAUGAAGAAGAGCUCGACGCCGGCGAGGCGCCGACCGAAAUCAACCCCUACCAAGUCCUCGGCCUCGAGGCCAGCGCAUCACAGGACGAGGUCAAGAAAGCCUAUCGCAAGGCAGCACUGAAGCAUCAUCCUGACAAGGCGUCGCCUGAGGACAAGGAGGCGGCGCAUGCCAAGUUCCAAGAGGUCGCCUUUGCGUUCGCCAUCCUCUCCGACGAGCGUCGACGAAAGCGCUAUGACACAACUGGCCGCACCGAAGAGAGUCUGGAUCUGGACGACGAUGACUUCGACUGGACGACCUUCUUCAGAGAGCAGUUUCGGGACGUGGUGACAGAAGAGAAGAUCAACAAAUUCUCCGACGAGUACAAGGGCAGCGACGAGGAGAGACAGGCUGUGCUCGAUGCCUACACCAGAACACAAGGCAAGAUGGAGAAGCUGUACACCAUCGUCAUGCUGAGCGACAUGGUCGAUGAUGAAGAGCGAUUCCGUGCGAUCAUCGAUGAGGCUGUCGCCGACGGCGAAGUGGAAGACUUCAAGAACUACAACGGCGAGAAGGAGUCGGUUCGCGAGAAGCGACUGGAGAGGGCCAGGAAGAGGAAGGAGAAAGAAGCCAAGGAGGCUGAUAAGGCUUCGCAAGAGAUUGAAGAGGAGAAGUCUAAGAAGAAGGGAAAGAAAGCGAAUGGCGAUGCUGGUGGCAUGGGCGACCUGGCUGCUUUGAUUCAGCAGAGGCAGCAGGGCAGAGCUGAGAGCUUCUUCGACAGGUUGGAGAAUAAGUACGCUCCAAAGGGCAAGAAGGGAAAGAAGGCUGCGCCGGUGGAUGAGCCACCCGAGGAGGCUUUCGCGGCGAACAGGAAGAACACUGGCAAUGGUGACGCUGUGGAGGGUGCGAGGAAGAGCAAGCGGGCGAAGAAGUGA